UGUUCUUAGUUGCCGUUUAACUGUUGCACGGGGCAGUGUGAAUUCCGCAGAUUUGACAAAAUGGCGGUUUAACAGGCCCAACUGUAUAUACACGUGUUCAGAAGUCUUAAAUAUUGUGAAUUAUUUGGUGAAGGACAUUAGUUGCAGUACGGUACAUAGUAUACGAACAUGCAGAUAUCAGGUUCACUUGCUGGAGAGACUAUUGGAGGCACUUCAGGCAUUACCGGAGACCUGAACGUCAGCACUAUCCCUCCUCCGCCUAGCUCCAGUACUCUGAUACAGCUCUGCCGACUCUGGACUUCAAUACACAAGUCUCCGCCCCCCAACUCACUCUGCGGCGGAAACAUGUCAGACUUUUCAUUCCUUGUUCCGCCGCAUCUUUACGACGACAGAGUUAUUCAUAAAUACGAACUACGUAAUUCAGCUUCAGAAGGGAGAAUGGUUGGUAUUGAUGUCAUGGACAAUACUCAUUUUACGGGUAGAUCGUUAAGUUUGAUUGGAGUACUUGGUGGAGUACUAUUGAUCCUUGUUAUGAUUGCCUGCGUAACCUUCUUCAGGCACAGGAAGCGUGUAAGGGAGAUGGAUACUGAAGGAUUAAACUUCGAUUUGUUCAGCUCUCAACUCAGACAGCUUAAUCAGGCUCGUUCUUCCAGUCAUAUCAGACGGAUCCUAAACUCCUUCCCUGAGGUUGGAACCCCUGCUCCACCCCCUGAUUAUGAUACUGUUCUCAAGGAUCAGGAGAAGGAGGAGGAUCUCCAUCUACCCUCAUACUCAGAGGCGGUCCUUGGGGCUAAAGAGGUGACAGAGGUCCCGGUUCUUGAAACUGUUGAAGACGAAUCCAAACCAAACCCAGUUUAAAAAUGGCGGGAAAACAUGAACAAUACACGACUGUGAUCAAGACUAUGACAAAAGUUUAUGUAAAUAUGUAAUUAUAUAUAUUCUAUACAGUUAACCACGAGAAAUGAAAAGUGCACAGUGAACAUCUAUACCUUAACAAUAGUUUGCAGCAAAUCAUAGGAAUCGUUUUAUGAAUUUGGAGAAGUCAUGCAAUCGAAUAUGGAAAAUGGGAAAGAACAGCAAAAAGAAAAAUGAAAAUUAGAUUGAAUGAUUUUAGAAAAGCUACAGAAAAUAAGGGGGAAGAAUGAAUUAGGAAAAGUAGGAGAAAAUAAGAUGAACAUUAAGAAAUUGAGAAAUAGAUUGUUUUAGAAAAAAUAGGAAAAAGAAUUGGAGAAAAGUACAAAUUCCAUGACCAAGCAAGCAUUAUUGUCAAUCUAUAUUUUUUUAAGAAAAAUAUAUUGAAAUCCAAAAUUUAA